AUGGCAUUCAGGCUUGCCAAGUUUGUUUCGGCCAUUAAUCCUGCCACGAGCUUCUCGUUUUCACCACUCUCACUCUGUCAAUCUCGUUUGCCCGCUUAUUAUUCAUCUUAUCAUUCGGAUUCUGAUGAUGAUGAUGAUGGGCUACUCAAAAAAUAUGGUACUGACUUGACUGAGCUCGCUAAGAAAGGUGAGCUUGAUCCUGUUAUUGGUAGAGACAGUCAAAUUCAGCGUUGCAUGCAGAUAUUAUCAAGAAGAAUGAAAAAUAACCCUGUUCUUAUUGGUGAGGCUGGGGUUGGAAAAACUGCAGUUGCUGAAGGGGUAGCUCAGCGAAUUGUGAGUGGGGAUGUCCCACAACCUCUGUUGAACCGAAAGGUGAUCUCAGUGAAUGUAUUUUCACUAGUGGCUGGAACUCAAUUUGUUGGAACGUUGGAGAAAAGAAUGGAAAAAAUUAUGAAGGAAGUUUUUGCUGCAGACGGGCGGAUACUUUUAUUCUUUGAUGAGAUCCACACUAUGGUUGGUGCAGGUUCUACUAUAUCAAGCAACAUGGACGUUGCAAACAUUUUGAAACCAGCGCUUGGCCGAGGUAAGCUUCAAUGCAUAGGAGCGACCACCUUGAAUGAGUACAGAAUGUAUAUAGAAAAGGACCCUGCUCUUGAGCGUAGAUUCCAACAAGUGUUCUGUGACCAGCCAUCUGUACAAGAAACCGUCUCCAUUCUUAAGGGAUUGCGCAAGCGCUAUGAGUUGCAUCAUGGUGUUAAAAUAUCAGACAAGGCCUUAGUUUCAGCUGCAGUACUUGCAGACCGGUAUAUCAUGGACCGCUUUUUGCCUGAUAAAGCCAUUGAUCUCGUUGAUGAAGCUGCUGCAAAGCUGAAAAUGGAGACCAUUACAAAGUCUAAGGAGUUGGAUGAGAUAGAUGAAGGUUUGUUGAAUUUAGAGAUGAAAAAACCAUCUUCGGAAGAUGAAAAUAGUCUAUUUAGAAAAAGAUGGGAAGAACUAAAGAAAAAAUGGCUGCGUGAGGAGACUCUUAUGACUAAAAUUCGUUCAACUAAACAGGAGAUUGCUAGGGUUAACAAAGAGACAGAAUCCCUGAAGAAUGCUGCUACGUCUCUUCAGAAGCAGCUGGAAGAGGCUGAGAAGAACUAUGAGGACUCACAAAAGUCUGGAACCUCUUCGGUCUGCAAUGAAUUAUCUGACCAUAAAAUUCAAGAGGUUUUAGCAGAAUGGACUGGUAUACCAGUAUCAAACAUUUCAAAGUCAGACAUGGAUAAGUUAGUCAUAAUAGAAGAGGUUCUCCAUCAAAGGGUUAUUGGUCAAGAAGUUGCAGUUAAAUCAGUUGCUGAUGCUAUUCGACGUUCAAGGGCCGGAGUGUCUGACCCGAAAAGGCCAAUAGCGAGCUUCAUGUUCAUGGGCCCUACUGGUGUUGGUAAGACUGAGCUGGCUAAUGCAUUAGCUGGUUACCUCUUUAUCACGGAAAAAGCUCUUGUGAGAAUUGACAUGAGUGAGUACAUGGAAAGGGGUUCAGUAUCCCGCUUGAUUGGUGCAUCUCCUGGACUUGUUGGUCCUCAAGAGGGACAGCUUACUGAAGCAGUUCUCCGGAGACCUUAUUCUGUUAUUCUAUUUGAUGAGAUUGAGAAAGCACAUCCUGAUGUUCUCAAUAUCUUGUUACAGCUUUUGGGUGAUGGUAGGUUAACUGACUCAGGUGGUAGGACCGUAAACUUUAAAAAUUGUAUGGUGAUAAUGACAUCGAAUAUUGGGGCCCAAGAUAUCCUAAGAAUUUUUGAAAAUAGAAAGGACAACGAGGAAUCAAUAUAUGAUUCAAUGAAAAAGCAGACUAUGGAGUUGGCUAGAGAAUCUUUUAGCCCAGAGUUCGUGAAUCGUAUUGAUGAGUUUAUUGUUUUCCAGCCUCUGAAGCCGGACGAAAUUGUUAGAAUUGCUAAUAUACAGAUGAACAGCUUGAAAGAUAGACUCAAAGAAAAGAAAAUUGAACUCCACUACACAAAGGGAGCUGUUGAUGUUAUAGCAAAACUGGGAUUUGACUCGAACUUUGGAGCCAGGCCAGUGAAAAGGGUGAUACAACAGAUGGUUGAGAAUGAAAUUGCAAUGAGGGUCUUCAGAGGUGAUUUUAAGGAAGGAGACUCGAUUCUUGUUGAUGUUGACAUGUCCCCGUUAGCCAAUGAGCUUCCUCCCAACGACAGAUUGCUUAUCAAGAAAUUGGAUAUUUGAAUGGUGGGAAAACAAGCAGAACCUUAACGUGAGAAUAUUUUUUAUUUUUUAUUUUUUGCGAAUGUUAUAUUUUAGUGUUUUUAAAUGCUAUAUUAUUUGGGUUUUUGCUUAAUGGAGGGUUUGAGGUAUAACUUUGGCUCUAUUGUUGCAUGAUAAAAACUCAGACUACAUAAAUUGAAAGAGAAAGAUAAGGAUUGCCUUGUUAGUUAUGCCAACUCUCUUCACGGGGACAAUGUAAAAGAGGAUUAAAUCUAUGUUGCAUUUGGGAGAAUUGAAUUAGUGCUUUGGAUUUGGAAUUUUUAAAACUUUGUUUAAAAUUUUGUACU